AUGUCUCCUGCCACCAGCCCACAGGGAAAGGGCUGGAGGGUCUGGAGAGCCUUACUCCUGCUUCUGCUGCUGCUGCCACUGCUGAUCCCAGGCUCGUGGGCACUACCGGAGGCCCAGCAUCUUCACCGAGUGGCGGGGCAGACGCUCUCUGUGACAUGCCAGUACCCCCCCAAGGGCUGGCCCUACGAGAGGAAGGGCUGGUGUAAGGAGCUGUCAGCGUUCAAGUGCACCAGGCUAGUCACCAGCUCCAGUCCCGGCAGACUGGUUCAGGCCUCUCGAUUCUCAAUCUGGGACAACCCUAGUGCUGGCAUCUUCACUGUCACCAUGACUGGUCUGAAGGAGGAAGACUCGGGACACUACUGGUGUAGAAUCUACCACGCUUCCAGCAACUCUGUCUCUAAGUCCACAAGAUUCUAUCUGGCAGUGUCUCCAGCUCGUGCCUCCACACAGGCCAUCCGGGCUUCCGGUGAGCUGGUCUCAUCACCGACCCAGAGCUCUGUGCCCCCCACUGGAAGAGUCAGGGUGGCCUCCGGGGCUUCCUCUGCCCUCACCGCCCCUUCACAGCAACAAAACUCCACCCUCCAGUCUCACCCUGCAGCCCCCAGUGCUCUGGUCCCCAUGCUCUGUGCACUGCUUGUGGCCAAGAGCCUGGUGCUAUUAGCCCUGCUUGUCCGGUGAGUGGGUUUGCUUGGGCUUGGGGGGAAAUGGAGCAGGGAACAGCUUCUGUCCCUGGACCCAUGGUCAGACAGGGAAUCAGCC